AUGGCUAGUACGGACCGUGGCACCUGGUCAAACCGUCUGGAAUUCCUGUUUUCGUGUAUUGGUGUAACAGUUGGUCUUGGAAACAUCUGGAGGUUUCCGUAUAUUUGCUACAAGAAUGGAGGAGGCGCCUUCCUCAUCCCGUAUUUCCUGUUCUUGGUCCUCAUUGGUACUCCGUGUGUCUUCCUUCAGUUCACGUACGCCCAAUACUCUAAUCUAGGACCAGGGAAAGUGUGGGAAUGCUGUCCUUUAUUCAGAGGAAUCGGUUAUGGAAUGAUGACCUUGACAUUUAUUGUCGGAACGUAUUAUGGCGUCAUCCUCUCUUGGACACUUUACUACUUCGGACAUUCAUUUUUCUCCGUGAUCCCUUGGGCGACAUGCGAUAAUGAGUGGAAUACGCCGAUGUGUUCAGUGAGGACCGAGACGGUGAUCAACAGAACCACGACAGUGUUAGCAAAUAUUUCAACAACUGGUUACCUGGGCGAUCUGAAUAUGACGUCACAUAUAACUCCACCAGAGGAAUUCUGGGAAAACAAUGUACUGCAGCUGACAGAGAGCAUUCAGACCUUUGGUACGAUCCGCUGGGAAUUACUUCUGGGUGUACUGGCCACGUCAAUUGUCAUCUUCUUUUGUCUCAUAAAAGGAAUUCACUCAUCAGGAAAGGUGAUGUACGUAAUGGCGACAAUCCCCUAUGUUUUCCUCAUGGCUUUACUUAUACGGGGAAUGACUCUUCCUGGAUCCUUACAGGGGAUGGAGUACUAUAUGAAGCCGAGAUGGAAGGAGCUUUCUAAAUUAUCCGUUUGGGUCGAUGCAGCGGCACAAACAUUCUACUCCUUAAGUCUAUCUUCGAGUGCUCUGAUCCUGUUGGCCAGCCACAACAAAUUUCAUAACAACAUUUAUAGGGAUGCGAUUAUAAUCCCGAUAUGUGACGCCUUCACCAGUUGGUUCGCUGGAUGUGUAGUGUUUGUGACCUUAGGUUACAUGGCACAGGAGGCCAACCUGCCGAUGGAGAAAGUCGUAGAGCAAGGUCCUGGCGUGGCAUUCAUUGUGUAUCCUGAGGCGUUGUCUACCUUACAGCUACCCCAACUCUGGUCGGCUCUCUUCUUCCUUAUGCUGUUUACUGUCGGACUUGACUCCCAGAUUGUCCACAUACAACUCCUUUAUACAGGACUAGCCGACAACUGGCCGGGCAUGUUCGGCAGGUAUCGACUUCUGACUCUAGCAGGCAUAAUAUUGGCAAGUGGUGUGUGUGGGAUAGUAUUCACUGCGCAGGGUGGUAUGUAUGCCGUUCAGCUUACCGACUGGUACCUAGCUAGUCUGUCAAUCCUGCUGCUUGUAGGGGUUGAGGCCACCGUGUUAGCUUGGAUAUACGGUGCUGACCGCCUCUACAAGGACAUCGAAGCAAUGAUUGGGUAUCAGCCUAAUAAACUAUGGAAGGUUCUGUGGAAGUUCGUCACACCUCCUCUCAUUUCUGUUCUAUGGCUGAUUGGUGUCAUUAAUCACCAACCUGUGACCUAUGGUUUGAGACCCUACCCUGCUUGGUCUAUAGGAGUAGGCUGGAUUAUCGCCUUUCUUCCUCUGAUACCUAUUCCUAUAACCAUGUACCUCACACUUAGACGUCUAAAAGGCAGUGUACGGGAGAGAUUUUCCAAAUCACUGAAGCCAACAGAUGAAUGGAAGCCAGCGAUGUCAUCUGACCCUGAUGACAAAGAUGUUGAGUUGAAUCUUAAUGGUGAAAAUGGCUUCGUGUAA